AUGCCAAGCAGCAUCCGUCUCCAGAGCCCGUCGCAGUCGCUCGACUGGGCAGAGCCGACGGCGACGGCCUGCGCGCUCUGCCAGCGCGCCUUCCACAUUCUCCGGCGCCGCCACGUCUGCCGCAUGUGCCAAGGCUCGGUGUGCAAGCACUGCUUGAGCAAGAAGCCGCCCAACUCGGUCAAACUUUCGGGUCGCUUCGCCAAGUGCUGCCACGAGUGCUCGCACCGCCGCAGCGCGCCAUCCUCACCGGCCUACGACGUGCCGUCGCCGCUGCACGCGACGGAGCGCCAGCGCCUCGCGAUGCUGCACACCGCAUUGGACGUCAUGA